AUGAAAGUAUUUUUGCCUAUCAGAAAGAAAAUUUUUGUUCCAUCUGAGCCAAGCCUAGAAAAUAAUUCUCCACAAGUGGAAACUAAAAAGUUUACACUGUUUGACCGAAAAACAUCAAAGGUUCAUUUACCAAGCAUCAAUAAUAGAGAAAUCAAAAUAAUGAAAUCUAAACAUAAUGAAGCCUCAACUUGCACAUCUACUGACAUUAGUGAUGACGAAGAUUACGUUAUAAAUCUGAAAGAAAAUAAUAAAAUAAUUGAACAAAAUUCUGAUUUAGAAUCAAGUCCACCAAAAAAAUCAGUUAAAAAAGGUUUAAAUUUUUCUAUUUUGUGUGAAAAUGUGUCAAAAUUGAAAACAAAAUGUGUGAAACGAUAUAAAAAAUACAGAAAAGAAUACCCUGCAGCUUUAAUAAAAUUCGCAGUAAUUGAUACUGGAGAUACAAAAAAAUACCCUAGAAGAUUGACUCCAAAUCCUAGAUUUGAGUAUGCAAGUAAUACAUCUAAAAAAUCUAUAAGAUCAAGCUCUAGGCUAGAGCUUAGUUUUAAUUUAUCAACAAGAUUUUAUAUGUAA